AGUAUCGGAUAAAAAUUGAGAGAACUAUUUGCGCAGAGAUAGCAACGUCUAGUCAUCUACGUCUUCGACCAGAGAGCAGCAGCAGCACUCCCUCAAACUUAGACAAUAGCGAAAGUGCGAAUCACUAAAAUGUUGUCAUCCUCAACCUCAACGAUCACUUUCAUUUUUAGGUAUUCUCUUCUCCAAAUCCCUAAUUUUGUUUCCUUCCCUUCCUCUUCAUCCCUUCACUCUCAUUCUGAGCCCCCAUCCACUCGCCAAGUCGAUGAAGCUGUUGAUUCUUUCACUCGCAUGCUCUCUAUGCGUCGUACUCCUCCCAUCAUCCAAUUUAACAAGAUUUUGGGAUCUCUUUCCAAGACCAACCAUUUCCCCACUUCCAUUUCCCUUUUUCGGCAAUUGCAAGCCAGAGGAAUCGCUCCCGACUUAUUUACUUUGAGCAUCGUAAUUAAUUGUUGUGGCGGCACGGGUCGUAUGACGCUUGCUUUCUCUGUGUUGGCCAAGAUUUUCAGAAUGGAUUAUCAACCUGAUACGGUAACAUUCACAACAAUCCUGAAAGGCCUCUGUCUCUGUGGUAAUGUUGAAAAGGCACUGCGCUUUCAUGCCACAGUGCUGGCUUAUGGAUUUCACUUCGACCAAGUCACUUAUGGGACCUUGAUCAAUGGCCUCUGUAAGACCGGACACACAUCAGCUGCUAUUCAAGUGUUGAGAAAGAUCCCACGGUAUGGCAUUGCUCCUAAUGUCAUCAUGUACAAUGCAAUUAUUGAUAGCCUCUGCAAGGAUACACUUGUAAGUCAGGCUUUUCAUUUAUACUCUGAGAUGCUUGCUAAGGGAAUUUCUCCAGAUGUUAUAACAUACAGUUCUCUCAUUUUUGGAUUGUGUCUUGAAGGUCAAUAUAAGGAAGCCAUUGAUUUGUUAAGUGAUAUGGUGCUUAGAAACAUUACUCCUGAUGUUUAUACCUAUAAUACUUUGAUCGAUGGGCUAUGCAAGGAUGGAAAGAUCAAAGAUGCUAAGAGUGUAUUGACUGUAAUGGCAAAACAUGGUGUGAAACCAGAUGUGGUUACUUAUAGCAGCUUAAUGGAUGGAUAUUGUUUGGUUAAUGAAGUAAACAAGGCAAAAUAUACAUUCAACACAAUGGCCGAGAAUAGAGUGUUUCCUAAUGUUCGGAUUUACAAUAUCAUGAUUAAUGGCUUUUGCAAAAGUAAAAUGAUUGUUGAGGCCUUGAAUCUCUUCGAAGAGAUGCAUCGCAAGAACUUGGUUCCUGACACGGUAACUUACAAUACUCUAAUUGAUGGAUUGGGAAAAUCAAGGAGAAUCCUUUGUGCCUUGGAGCUUCUUGAAAAGAUGCAUGAUCGAGGUCAACCCGCUAAUAUAGUCACUUACAGUUCUUUGAUGGAUGCUUUGUUCAAUAUCAAACAACAUGACAAGGCACUUAUGUUAUUCAAUCAAAUGAAAGAGAGUGGCAUUGAUCCGAAUAUAUAUACAUACACCAUACUUAUAGAUGGCCUGUGCAAAAGUGGAUGGCUUAAAAAUGCAAAAGAGAUUUUUCAAGAUCUUUCCAUUAAAGGCUAUCACCUAAACACAAGGAUAUACAAUGUUAUGAUAAAGGGGCUCUGCAAAGAGAGCCUACUUGAUGAAGCAUUGGCCUUAAAGUUGGAAAUGGAAGACAAUGGUUGCUCUCCGGAUGCUGUAACUUACGAAAUAACUAUUGGUGCUCUGUUGGAAAAAGGUGAAAAUGAUCAAGCGCUGAAACAUCUUCAUGAAAUGAUUGCUAGAGGCUUAUUGAAAAGACAAUAAGGAGGAAUAAAUCAACUCAAAUGAAUAAGUUUUCUGUUGUCAAAAUUUGUACAGAACUUGGUAAAUUUUAUAUCUAUUGGGUUGGAGGAUUUGGGAAAUGCCAUGAACUCACUAUCACCUUGAUUUUGGUCAUCUCACUGUUAUUGAAUUAAUUUUGAACUUGUGUUAUUGGCUGAUUUUUUAGUCUUUGUUACCAAGGCUAUCAUGCAUCCUGUUUCGGUGGAUAUUCCUAGUUGUAACUGGUGGCUUAAUGCUUAAGAUUUCUUGAUAGUAAUUAAGAGCUCAUGAUUGGUCUGAUGAGCAACUGUGUUU